AUGAUGGACUGCACACCAGAUAUUAGUCAUCAAGAACAAUUAUCACUAAUAAUAAGAGUUGUGGAUAUGGAUAUCGAUAAUGAGCAUAGUGAUCCAAUAAUUAAAGAAAUGUUUAUGGAGUUCAUUAAUGUUGAAUCUACUACAGGAUUAAAUUUAACAAAUGUUCUAUUAGAAAAAUUGAAAAACAACAACAUUGAUAUAAAUAACUGCCGAGGGCAGUGCUACGAUAACGGCGCCAACAUGAAGGGCCAAUAUAAAGGCGCACAUGCACGAAUUAAAACUUUAAGUUCCAGAGCAUUUUUACCCCAUGCACUGCAAAUAAUUUAA